GGAGACUCACCAAGCUUGCCAGCUAACAGCAGCAGCUUGCUGCAGUGUUAGCAUUCAGACCAGUAAUCAACUAUUGGUCUUGAAAGGAAUACCCUCAUCAUUGGGUUUUUUGUUGUUAUGGUUCUCAACCGAUGUCAAAUUAUGUGCCGCAAAACGACGUGUUUUCACAUCGAGCUUCAAUAGGCGAGGUCGAGAUGAGUGCAGAGGCAGUUGACCGUGUGGCUGUGAGUGGCAGUCGGCCGACCACUCCCCCUCAAACCUCCUGGUUUGAGUUUCUCCUGGAUGAGAUGCUGCUGGAGAUCCACCUCCAGAAGUCCCAUCCAGAUCCAGUUCCAGUGCAGCUGAUCAUCCAGUUCCUUGAACAAGCGUCCAAACCCUCUGUAAAUGAGCAGAACCAAGUCCAGCCUCCUGCAGACAACUGCAAGAACCGUACUCUGAAGCUGUUGGCUCUCAAAGCAGCAGCACACCUAAAAUGGGAUCUGGAUGUAUUGGAGAAAGGCUUAACUAUCCCUGUGUUGAACAUGCUGCUGAAUGAACUCCUGUGUGUGAGUAAGGUUCCACCUGGUGUGAAACAUGUGGACCUAGAUCUCUCCACUUUGCCUCCCACCACCACUAUGGCUGUCAUUAUCUACAACCGCUGGGCCAUACGAACCAUUGUGUUGAGCAGUUUUCCAGAGAAACAGACCAAACCUGGGCCUCACCAGAUGACCAUGUUGAAUGUUGUGCAACAGGAAAAAGAGUUGACUGAAAAUAUCCUGAGUGUGCUGAAAGAGCAGGCCACAGACUCUAUAAUGGUGUUAGAGGGAGCUCUAGGCCUGAAGAAGGAUUUCUACAUCCACACCAUGAGGACUCUGGACCUGCUGGCUGCCGAUCCCAGUACUGCUAAUGGGGAAACCGAAUCUUCCACAGCAGGCCUUAAGAUCAGUGCUGAUGAGCUGCACUGUCAGGUGCAUUAUGAUUUGGGAGGUAUUUUCUUUCAACAAGGUUGUUCAGACCAACUAGCAUACAAGAAGGCCAGAGAGCAUUUUAAACACACCAGGGAGUUGCUGUUGAAGCUGGACUCAACACUUCGCGUUCACCUAGACGAGAAACGUCUGGCUGGAUACUGGAAUGCCUGCAAAGCCCUGACUGGAGCCUCCGACCCCAGUGACACCCUGUUCAACCCUUACGGACAGAUCAACUGCCUCAUAAAAACUCACAACUACCCGGCUCUUGUAGAAGCUUUCAUAAAAGACAAUGUGUCACUCAGUUUGCCCAACCACUUCAGACAGUCUGUCCUGAGGGAAUUAUUGCACAAAGUCCAGCAAGGAGAGGGAGAACUGGAAGAAGUGUCUCACAAGCUGUGUGUGUGCAACGCUGUUCGAGACACUCUGCAAGGAGAGAUCCCCAGUGUACGCUUUCUUCAGCUGCUCCAUAAGCCAAACAAAUAUUUGGUGGAAUUCAUGCUAGAGGUAUGCACAAGGUCAUUAGACAAGGAUUGUUCAUCUGAGACCACCAAGAGAAACAUUUCUAUUUUUCUGAAAACCCUUUGUGAGAGAUUGGCAGAGCCCCACCUAGUGUUCAUGGUAACCACCCACAAGCUGUUCACUGAGCUUUUGACAGAGGAGCAGAGAAAGUUGCUGGUGGAUCAGGUCAGGAAGAGGUCUGCCAAUAUCAACCUCAGCGUCAAGCCUCUACCCUCCUUUUAUGACAUCCCAGCCACUGCCAGUAUCAAUAUAGGACAGCUAGAGCAGCAGCUCAUCCUCUGCCUGGACGCCCGCCGCAUCCGACAGAUCCUCAUUGAGCUGCACAGCAUGGCCGAAAGACCAUUCUGGAGGAUCAACAGCAAGUGGGAGGUGCCUUCAGACUACAUCAAUGUGAUUCUCAGCAUCAAAGACAACCUGACCAAGGAUCUAGUAUACAUCCUCAUGGCCAAAGGGCUGCACUGCAUCGCCAUAAAGGACUUUACCCAUGCCCGACAGCUUUUCUCAGCCUGCCUGGAGCUUGUGACAGAGUUCUCUCCAAAGCUGAGGCAGGUGAUGCUGAACGAAAUGCUGCUUCUGGAGGUGCGGGCCCAUGAGUCUGCUGCAGCUGAGGGUAGCAAUGUUAAACCCCAAUCAGACCUGGUCAGCAGGGUGCGAGGCUACCUGGAGAUGAGGAUACAUGAUCUCCCUCUCCGCCAGAUAGUAGGCGAAGAGUGUGUUGCCUUUAUGCUGAACUGGAGAGAGAAUGAGUACCUGACCCUGCAGGUUCCUCAGCAACUAGUCAUGAACAACCCCUAUAUCAAGCUGGGUCAGCUUCUGGCCUCCACCUGUAAAGAACUGCCCGGUCCUAAAGAGAGCCGGCGUACAGCCAAAGAGUUGUGGGAGGUUGUUGUGCAAAUCUGCAGUGUCUCCAACCAACACAAGAGAAACAGUGAUGGACGUGUCAGCCUCAUCAAACAGAGAGAGUCCAACAUGGGCAUCCUGCAAAGGAGCCGAUUCAUCACUUUUGUCAAGAAGCUCCGGGAGCCACUCGUAUUGACCACCCUCAUCUCUCUUUUUGUGAGGUUCCAUAGCAUAGUGCGGGAUGAUAUUGUCAAUGAAGUGACCGCAGAACACCUUGCCAUUUGGCCAUCAACCUUGGCAAACAUGCAGGCAGUGGAUGUGGAGGCAGUGGCAGUGACCGUCAAAGAGAUUGUGACCCAUGCACUUACACUGAACCCAAACAACCAGUCUUGGCUCAUCACACAGGCUGACAUUUACUUUGUGACCAACCUAUACUCUGCCGCGUUGCAUUUCUACCUCCAGGCUGGGGUAGUUUGCUCCGACUUCUUUACCAAGGCUGUGGCUCCAGAUAUCUACAAUGACCAGGUCCUGAAAAGAAUGAUCAAGUGCUGUUCGAUGCUGAACUGUCACACACAGGUUGCAGUUCUUUGCCAGUUUUUAAGGGAGGUGGACUACAUGACAGCAUUCAAAGCUCUUCAAGAACAGAACAGUCACGAUGCCAUGGAUUCCUUCUAUGACUACAUCUGGGAUGUCACCAUCCUUGAAUAUCUCACUUACAUCCACCAUAAAAGGGGUGAGACUGAGAAGAGACUAAUUGCGAUCAAGGCAAUUGGACAGACAGAGCUGAAUGCCAGUAACCCAGAGGAAGUUUUGCAGCUGGCAGCCCAGAAGAGGAAGAAGAAAUUUCUGCAAGCUAUGGCCAAGCUGUACUUUUAGAUAAAAAGAGAGAAACUUCUGGGGAAAAUGUGCAUUUCUGUGGUUUCAAAUAAACUUUUUCAAAUAA